GAAAAUGAAAAGAACAAAAUCGUGUAGUCCCCACAGAAAACGUGGCGAAAUCUUAUUGGUAAAGAGUAGUCUUGAUUCAAAUGUGAAGAAAUUGCAGAGCAGAGCAUGGCUUUCAUUCAAUUCGUCCCUGAGGCCUUGAACACGAAGAAAAUUACUUAGGUCUGAGAUCUCCAACUUAUUUGAUCUACUCGAUUUCUUCUGCUUCGGUUUUGAUCGGUACUUAUCUCGUUCUUAAACAAUGGACUUCAGUUCGAUGAGUCCUGCCCAAAUGACUCUGCUAGGGUCUGCAUCUUGCGUGAUGCUGUCGAUGCAUUUCACAAUUCAGUUGUUGUCACAGCAUUUGUUCUACUGGAAGAACCCGAAAGAACAGAAGGCCAUCAUAACUAUAAUUCUUAUGGCUCCAUUAUAUGCCGUCGUGUCCUUUGUGGGCUUAGUGGAUAUCCAAGGAAGCAAAGCUUUUUUCAUGUUUCUGGAAUCAAUUAAGGAGUGCUAUGAGGCUCUGGUGAUCGCUAAGUUCAUGGCUUUGAUGUAUAGUUAUCUGAAUAUCUCCAUUAGCAAUAAUAUCGUGCCAGAUGAGAUCAAAGGAAGGGAAAUUCAUCAUUCAUUCCCAAUGACUCUUUUUCAGCCUCACACCAUCCGGUUAAAUCACAAGACUCUGAAGCAAUUGAAACAUUGGACAUGGCAGUUUGUAGUCAUUAGGCCGGUUUGCUCCAUCUUGAUGAUAACGUUUCAACUUAUUGGAAUUUACCCAAGCUGGCUCAGCUGGACAUUCACCAUCAUUCUUAACAUAUCAGUUUCACUGGCCUUGUACUCACUCGUGGUGUUUUACCAUGUGUUUGCUAAGGAGUUGGCACCACACAAGCCACUUUCAAAAUUCAUGUGCAUCAAGGGGAUUGUUUUCUUCUGCUUUUGGCAGGGACUAGUGCUUAGUGGACUAGUUGCCCUUGGCGUCAUUCGAUCUCACCAUUUCUGGUUGGAUGUUGAACACAUUGAGGAAGCUAUUCAGAAUGUGUUGGUAUGUCUGGAGAUGGUUGUCUUCUCUGUUGUUCAGCAAUAUGCUUAUCAUGUUUACCCUUACAGUGGAGAUGUUGAAGCAAAGAUGAAAUUAAGUAAGAAGAACGAAUGAUGUAAUGAUCGAAACCAGCCAUGUAUUUUGUCUAGCAGCAUAGUCAAACAUGAACUUCUGUUAAUUUUGUAUCAAAACUUUUUAAUGGAUGGCGUAAACUGUAUGAGAUGGUUUUUAUUUUAUGAACAUCCCCACAUUGGUGUUAUUAGGUGUAUACUAUUUCUUACUGUAUUCAACUUGGCUUUGAUAAUAAAGGCAUUUUACUAAA